AGCUCCGUAGUCGACAUGCCGGGCCCCAACCCCAGCGCCACCAACGUCGGCGCCGCCGGCCGCUCCCCCAGCAAGGCCGUGGCGCCACGAGCUGCCGGCUCCACAGUCCGACAGAGGAAGAACGCGAGCUGUGGCACACGGAGCGCUGGCCGCACCACCUCGGCAGGCACCGGUGGUAUGUGGCGUUUCUACACAGAGGACUCGCCCGGCCUCAAAGUUGGUCCUGUUCCAGUUUUGGUUAUGAGUCUCCUUUUUAUUGCUUCUGUAUUUAUGUUGCACAUCUGGGGCAAGUACACUCGUUCGUAGAUUCAGCUGCAUCCCUACGUCUGCCAACUUAAACAUACACCUUGGACCAAAAGUGUGUUGGAUCUUGAUUGUUCCUGGAGAUAAAUUAGUUGGAGAACUUCCUGUUUAGCUAUGGACAAGUCGCUCAUCACUCUUACUUGGCUCUGGUGUUCGGUGAACUUUCACAUUUUCCACUCAGGCAAAUUUGAAUGCUUUCUAUCGUAGAUCACUUUGUAUUUGUUACCAUAGA